AUGUGGAGAACUCGACUGUUGUUCAAGACUACCAGACGAGCAUUCUUUUACAAAAACCGGGGCGCAAAAGGUGAGGCUAAGCCUGACUUUUACCAAAUGCUCGGUGUAGAUCGGGAUGCGACUGACCAAGACAUUAAAAAGGCAUAUUUUGAGAAAGCAAAGACACAUCAUCCUGAUGUUGCCGGUCAAGAUAGCUCUUCUGAGUUUAAUUUUGAGCAAAUAAGUGAAGCAUAUCAAACCUUAAAGGAUCCUAAAAGAAGGAAGAUGUACAACCUAACCGGUCUCUCUUCAGACGAGCAAGGAGAAGAUUUUAUUUCUUUUCGAGAAGAAGCAAAGAAAGCAAGGAAAAGAUCCAAUAAGCAAGCGAAUGAAAUGUUUAAAGACUAUGUAAAGUUAUUCAAAUAUGAGCAAUCAUUCUUUGAAGGAUACCUCAGCCAAAAGCCUGAAGCUGUCAAUAUGAAAGGAGACCCUUGAAAGAAAGAAUUUGAUUAUGAGCCAAAUGUUGCUCAAAAUAUUGUAGUUGAUUUUAAAGAGUUAGAAGGAGUUAUGAAGAGAAAUGAUCCAAAUGACCUUUUCUUGACCAGGAGGGUCAUCUAUGAUCGGCAGAUCCUCUGACCUGAUUGUGACGGUAAACUGCAUCAAAAGAACACCGAGAUUGGAUACUGUGAUACAUGCCAAGGAAAAGGAACUAUAAUAGGUGGAUCAGGAUCAACUGUUAAAUUAUACAAAUGCACUGAAUGCCUUGGUUCUGGAAAAAUAAUUCCUAAUCCAUGAUACACCUGAGAUGCUAAGGGACAUAUACAGAAGCAUACAAAGUUGAGUGUCAAAAUACCAGCAGGAGUGUUAAGUGGAGAGUAUAUGAGAAUUAAAUAACAAAGGAAAUAUUCUUCCUGAUGGAAGUUACGGGGACCUAUUUAUCCAAGUCAACAUUAUGAAUGUCCCAGAGAAUUUAGAGAUCCGAGGAUAUGAUAUCAUAUCAACUCACAAAGUCCCUGUUGGGAAAGCAGUAGUAGGUGGGGAAGAGUAUUUCGAUACACUAUACGGAGUAGUCUCUAGUAGACUCCCUCCUCAGCAUGGUCCAAAUAAAAGAUUUGAACUCGAAGGGCAUGGGCUCCCUAUUCCAAAUUCGAAUGGGCAGAAGGGGAAGCAUAUCUUUAACAUUGAGUAUGAGAUGCCAUAAUCCUGCUGUUAUAUUAAUACCAAAUUUCUAGAAUU